AUGCAUGCCAGUGCUCUUGUUGGCCUCUUGGCCCUCGCCGCCGCGGCGACUGCUGCUCCCUACAAGUCUAGUACCGCUCACUCGAGUUCUUCCAUUGCGAAUCUGAAGUCCCACGUUAAGAAUGUUGUCGUUCUCGUUAUGGAGAACCGCUCUUUGGACAACCUUCUUGGUGGUCAAACCAUUGCCGGUCUGGAUAACCCCAUCCACAAUGGUCCUUUCUGCAACCCUUACAACGUGACCGAUCCCUCCCAGGGACACCACUGCUCGGAGGCCAAGGACUAUGACUCCGUGACUGAUGAUCCUAGCCACGCUGUCACUGGUAACACCAUGGAGUUCUUCAGCCAGUGGACUCCCGACAACGCCGCCAUUGCCAAUGGCAAGUUGGUUCCCAACAACAAGGGUUUCAUCCACGAGCAGAUCAACAACCAUGGUGCUACUGCCAACGAGACUGUCAAGGCUGUGCUGGCCAAGCAGGUCAUGAACUACUACACCGAGGCACAGACCCCCGUUCUGACCUCGCUGGUUAAGAACUUCCUGACCUUCAACCACUGGCACUCUGAUAUCGCUGGUCCUACCUGCCCUAACCGAUUCGCUGUUGUUGCUGGUACCUCCGCUGGCCACGGUUCCAACGAUGCCACUUUCGGUACCUAUGCCUUCACCCAGCGCUCCAUCUUCCAGCAGUUGAGUGAGACCAACCACACCUGGCUCAACUACUGGGACACCGCUGGUGGUACCGGUCCUGAGGCCCAAUGGUUCGCCUGGACCAAGGCCACCAGCAACGAGGAUAAGAUUGUUUCCAUGGAGCAGUUCUACACCGAUGCCGCCAACGGCGCUCUGCCCGAGUUUUCUUACCUGAACCCCUCCUGCUGCGGUGUUGGUACCACCUCCAUGCACGACAGCGGUCUCAUUUCCGAUGGCGAGGCUUUCAUCAAGAAGGUCUACGAGUCUCUCCGUGCCGGCCCCCAGUGGGAGGAGACCCUCUUCGUCCUCACCUUCGACGAGAGCGACAACCUGACCUACACCGAGAAAGCUGCCAACGGCGAGGAGUACACUCUUGAAUUCAACCGUCUGGGUGGCCGUAUCCCCACUCUCCUCAUCUCUCCCUGGGUCAGCAAGGGCUACGUUGAGCAGAAGGGUACCAACUACCAUGGCCAGACCCAGUCCUAUUCGGCUAGUUCUCUGCUCCGCACUCUUGGUUACCUCUGGAACUUCGAGCCUUUCACCCCCCGUGUUGAGGAUGCUGCCUCUUUUGAGCACCUGAUCCAGAGCUCUCCUCGCAAGAAUGCUCCCAAGGCGCUCCCUAUCCCCCACGCCUUCUCCCGCUAG